UAUAAAAGCAUACCUACCUUUGAACUGCUCAGAAAAGGAUCACAUGCAGUAGAGGUUAUAACUUUUGUGCAGACAGACCUAAAUGUGGUGAAAACUUACAGUGCAAAAACUAGAAUACAGAAGCUACUUGGGAGCGCGAGAAUGGUACAUCUGUGGCCAGAGAGACUCUGCCUACCAUGAAAAUAUUGAUGAGUGUGCAGCUAAAAUGCAUUACUGUCCUGCCAAUACUGUGUGUGUCAACUUGCCUGGGUUAUAUCGCUAUGACUGUGUCCCAGGAUACAUUCGUGUAGAUGACUUCUCUUGUACAAAGUAUGAUGAAUGUGGCCACAGGCAACACAUCUGUGACAAGAAUGCCAUCUGCGCCAACAUUGUCCAGGGACACAGCUGCACCUACAAACUGGGCUACGUGGGGAAUGGGACCAUCUGCAGAAUGUUCUGCCAAAAGGGCAGCAGAUAUGAAACAUCGUGGCUCCUCACAAAUGUGUUUGUCCUCUGGAUUUCAAAGGAACCCACUGUGAGAAAGACAUUGAUGAAUGUACAGGGGGGAUCAUUGGGUGCCACAACCAUACCUGCUGCGUUAACCUGCCAUAGCAGUACCACUGUGUGUGCAGAAGCAGUUUUUAUGAGGAUGGAAUCCUGUACUGAUGUUGAUGAAUGCGCCUUCAGAACUCAUACCUGUUGGAGCGAUUCUGCCUCCAUCAACCUGGCAUGGGGAUUUGACUGCAUCUGCCUUUCUAAGGCCCUCCUGCUCUGGUGACUGCCCCAGUGGAGAGCUGCAGUGCAAUAGGCAGGUGUGGAUCUUGAAAGAAACUGGUGUUCUCUCUGUCCCUGCAAGGACCAAAAGAUAUCCUGCCAAUAGACAGCUUGUGAUUGCUGGAAUCCAAACGUUGACCUUUUCUGUUGCCCAAAGUGUGACACCAGGGUCACAAGUUAAUAUUUAGAUCAAAAUGGACACAAGCUCUAUCAAAGUGGAGACAAUUGAACUCACAGCUGCUAGCAGUGCUGGUGUCUCGAAGAAGAAAUAGAUUACUGGCCACUUACUCCAAUUUGAGCUGGGAGUACAUAGCCCUCUUGGAAAGGCAUUGUUUUCCUGCCGGGUCAGUGACCUCUGCCUAGCUGAUAACAUUGCGUAUGACAUCAGAAAAACUUGCCUGGACAGCUGUGGCAUUUCAACUGCUUAGCAGUUCAGUCUGAACAUGGCUGGAUCUCCUUGCACAAUCUGCAGAUGCAAGAAUGGAAACGUCUGCUAUUCUGUGGAUUUGGAAUAUUUUCAGAUUAAUUGAAGUAUUUAAAAUGGACUCAUCAUCAUGGGAGAAAAUGGAGAAAGUGACCAUACAGUAUGAUGAAGAA